UGGUUCGGCUGCGGUGGCACAGAAGUCCUUGUUUCCACGCACACUGGAAGGAAAGGGGAGGGGAUGAUGAGAAAAAGAAAAGCGAUCCGCGUUUCCAAAUCCUGGGCUCGGCCCGCGCGGCGCCGCCCGCCCGCUGGUCGCUUCCCGGCGCUUCGGGGGAUUCGUCCCGCCGCCGCAAGCACGGACACAAACACGAGAGAAAACUCUGCGAUUCCUCCUUCGUGCCACUCUGUGGCCCAGGCCCAACUGGCCGCUGCCUCGGCCGCCCGGUUCCUCCCACUGAGCUCGGCCCGAGGGGGCCGCCGGCGGGAGGGCGGCUCCAGGCGCUGGGGGGCGGCUGACACGACCUACCUAGCUAACGGGGGGCUGGCUGAGUCUGAUUCGGACAGGGCGUCCUUUCUUCCGCGGGCGGACACCCUACACUGCACGGUAGAGGGGGGUCUCCGCUCGGCGGAGAGCGACUACAGCCCCAGAGCACGCGGGCGCCCCCGACGGCCAGCUCGCCGCGUCUGCGCCGUGCGCGCACGGGCCCGGAGGCCGGAAGUGCGAAAGCGGAAGUUGGCCGCCGGGGCCCGCCUAUGUGGGCGGGGCUGGGAGCGUCGGCGGCGCCGCAGGGUCUCCGCAGUUCCGAAGGGAAUUCGGGUGCGUGCGCGGGGUUCUGCGGAGAACGGCCCCGGUCUUCAGCCGUCGGUGCCCUUGAGGUCCCGGGCCGCGAUCUCCGCUGCUGCCGCCCGCUGGGCACCUCCUUGCAGGAAUCACCCUUGGCGGUGCUCAGGUGACAACAUGCCAACUGCCAAGCAGCUAGCUGACAUUGGCUACAAGACCUUCUCUACCUCCAUGAUUCUCCUCACCGUGUAUGGGGGAUACCUCUGCAGUGCCCGAGUCUACCAAUUUUUCCAGCGGCGUAGCUCAGAGAGACAGGCUUCGGAAGAGCAGAAGACUUCAGGAGUUCUGUGAAACCGGGGAGCUUUUUUCCUCUGAGCGAGAGCCUGAGGCAUGCUAUGGGAAGAUCUCACCUGUAAUUAUUUCCAAGUCAGGAAAGAAGUAGAGCCUUAAUAGUUUUCAAACCUGUUUGGAAAAAAUAUGCAUGCUUUCUCUAGUACUGCCAACUUGGGGAAGCUAUAUCAAAUCACAUCAGGAAUGGGAAAGUGAGGCACACCUAUUAAAUGUUUUGCUCUGUC